AUGUGCUUGGACGAGGACGAGGUGAGGGAGUUUGUGGAAGAAUGGUUGUGGGCGGAGCAGGAGCGACAGCAGAAGGUGAAGGAGAGUGAGAGGCAGAAGGAGAGGCAGAAGCAGGGCCUUGUGAAAGACGAGGUUGCUGGGGAGGAGAGUCCUAAAGAAGGGUUAGAGUUGGAUCUAAAGGAGGUAUUUAGACGCACUCAGGAGGCGAUUAACUACAUAGAGGCUGAGCGUGGGGCGCGGGUGGUGGGAAGCGGGGGGGGAGAGGAAGGGGAGGAGGAGAAGGGGGAGGGGGUGGAGGAGGAGGAGGAGGAGGGGAUGGAGGUGGGGAUGGGAGGAGAGAUGGGAGGAGUGGUGGAACAGGGAGGGGUGGUGGAACAGGGAGGGGUGGUGUUGCUGAGAGAUGUGUUUGUGGAUGGGAGGGGUGUUGUGUUCAACGCGUCCCAUGUGUUCUCAUUGCAUGGGACGUGCGGGAGCUUGAGGGGAGGCGGCAGGAAGAGUCAGCACGCAGCAGUGCUGAAGCUGAAGAAGGCGGCGGGGAAGAGUCAGCACCCAGCAGCGCUGAAGCUGAAGAAGGUGAGCAGCCCCAGGAAGGCUAAAGGUGGGCUGCAGUCAGGUGGGCUGCAGUCAGGUGGGCUGCAGUCAGGUGGGCUGCGGUGGCCGCACAGUACCUUCGUCAGUUCAGGUACCCCUGUGAGCGUGCACGAGCAUCUGGUGAACUUACUCCCCUAUGAACACGAACAGGAGGAGGAGGAGGAGGAGGAGGAGGAGGAGAAGAGUGGGGGUAAGGGGAGCGGAGGCGGAGAGUGGGUGGCGCAGGCGAGGGUGCACAGUGGGGGGACACGUGGACUCGUGCGGCUGCUGCCAGUGCUCUUCCUGCUCGCCUCCUCGCUCAUGCCCUCUGCCCGUCGCUUCCCCUUGCUGCUGAAUCACCGGCAUGUGAGUUGUGGCGAGGGGAGGGGAGUGUUGGGGUGCAGUGAGAUAGGACGUGUCAAAUCAGCCCGCAAGCCACUCUCAUGUGAGUCGGGGGGGAGGCGCAAGGGAGGGGAGGGGGCUGCUGCGGCUGCUGCCAGUGCUCUUCCUGCUCGCCUCCUCCCCCAUGCCCACCGCGCGGCGCUUCCCCUUGCUGCUACAUCACCGCCAUGUGAGCUGUGGGGAGAUGUCUUUGGUGUGGACCUCGCACCACUAGCCAUCCGCCACCCCUCAGCCCUCCUGCACGGCGUCUACAGCAGCAGCAGCAGCAGCAGCGACGGCUCUUACAACCACCCAGACACUGGUCUUGAUCCCACCGCUGCCACCACCGGCAUGCCUGCCCACCUAUUCUUCGCGAGAACCCUCCUCCUCCCCAUCCACACCCCCAGCCUCUGCGGCCUCUCUUCACCUCCGCUCACCGCACUCCACUCCUCUCCACCGCGCGCCCCUGAUGCCCUCUGGCUGGCCCUCCGCGGUUACCACCUGUUGCCCCCCCACGGCCUCCCCAUCCUCUCCUCCGACUGGACCCCCCGCCUCCCCGCGCCCCUGCAAAUACAACCACCUGAGAAUUCACCUGAAGUUUCACCUGAAGAUUCGCCUGAUGGGCUGGUGGUGGGGCGGGCGCUGCCGGAGGAUUGGGUGGUGGUGGUGUCGGUGGUGUGGAGUAUGCAUGUGAUGGAGGGAGGGGGAGGGGGGGAGGGUGUGAGGGAGACAGAGGCAGCCAUGCAUGUGAUUAUAGCGAUGCUCAAGGAGCUGUUCUCGGAUGGGAGGGUGAUUGUAUACGAUGAGCACAUGCCGCUGCUGCAAGCCAAGGCACUGUUCUCAAGAGCCAUUCUCCUGGUGGGCCCCACAUCGCCCGCCCUCACCAACCUCCUCUUCAUGCCAUUCAAUUCCACCCUCAUCGAACUGCUUCCCUACCCCGUUACCCGCCCCCGCUCCUCCCUCCCCCUCUCGCUCCUCCUCCGCUCACCCUACCACAAGAAAGCAGCGGCUGAGUCUGCUCUCAUCGGCCAACCCAGCGCCGCCACGUGGCACUGCCAGCUGGCGGAGCGGCUCGGGAUUCAACAUUAUCUUAGCGUGUGCGACCCCACGUGGCUGGACAAGAACACGGGGGAACAGUGCCACGUGGACGAGGUGUACGCUACAGUGCUCGCUACAGUCCGAAGAAACCCGACCCUACUGGCCCUCACAGGAAUUCCUGCAAUCUCCUUUCCUCCCGACGCCUUCAAGCCAACUCUCGAGCCUACCACUGUCACCAGCGCUGGUAUCCAUGCCAAUCCCAGUGACUUUGCCGAAGCUGCCAGCAGGUUCGGCGAUUUCGGCGACUUGAUCCCAGGGUCAAGGCUGGGGGAUAGCAACGGCAAACCGGAAGAUUUCAGCGAUUCCAUCCCGGGGUCAAGGCUACGGAAGGGGACGGGCCAGGUGGGGGAGUUUAGGCGGUGGGCGGCGUGUGUAGCGGAGAGGGGGGAGUGGCAUUUCAACGUCACCCCGCGUGUGCUGCCCUGGGCCGAACGUGGCUUUGACAACUGCGACCUGUUCCACGUCCGGGAAAACGGCGGCUUGGCCGGAGCUGCUGCCGACACUGUCGCUUUGGAUCGGGAGAUGGGUCGGGAGGAACGGGAGCAGGCGUGGAAGGUGAGGGAUGCGUUGAAGUACCAGUGGGGGGUUGCCAAGGACAGGUGUCCACGCGUGGUUCAUGCAAAGCUAGGCGCCCGAGCCCAGGCUGUUCCAGGCUCGGAAGUUUCCGAACCUGACGAGCUGUUCUCUAGGUUCGACGGGCGCGCGCUGUGUGAGCUGGCUCGGCGGAGGAAAGACGGGUUGAGAAUUGCUUUUGUCGGGGACUCACUUACCCGAGAGGCACACAUAUCCUUUGUACAUAGCAUUGUAACACACGUGCGAAAGCCGGCGAGCGUGGUAACCAGAGAGGACAGUGCGGCGUGGGUGGCGCAGAUGUUGCGAAAAAAAGGCGAUUAUUUCACCCGAGCGACAUACCGAUUCGAUGAUGUGGAUGACAGCGGGUGUGGAAAGCUGGUGGUGCAUUACAUUGCGAACCGGCGGCUUGUGCCUGUGUGGGAGGAGAAGAGGGACCGUGUGCGAUGGAUUAGCACGCCUUGGAUGGAGAGUGAGGAGAUUAAGGAUGCGCAUGUGGUGGUGUUGAAUCGAGGCGCGCAUUUCAAAUCCACAGGGCAUGUUGUGUUGUCGGUGUCGCGCGCGCUGCAAUUUCUCCGGUAUAAUUACCACGAGAAGCUGAUCAUUUACCGGGCGACGGCCACGGGUCACCUCAACUGCAAGGACUACAACAAGCCCCUUUUGAAGCGGCAAAACGGGAGCGAUUUACCCUUUCAUUGGGGGGAAUUCAAGGCGCAAAACGAUGCGGUGCGGCCCAUAGUGGAGGCAAUGGGGGGUGUGUUCAUGGAUGUUGAUCAUCUAAGUGCCUUGAGACCUGACGGGCAUAGAGGGUUUGUUGAGAAAAUGGACUGCUUGCAUUACUGCUUGCCGGGACCGGAAGAUACAUGGUCGGAGUUCCUGUAUAAUAUUAUUCAGAGGCUAGUUCCUGUAAAGUAG